AUGUUCAAUACAACUGAUUCAUCAAGAAACUAUCUAGUAAUUGAAAAUCCAUCUGCUAAUUAUAUUUCAGACAAAGAGGAAGAAAGGUAUAGCAAUGAUAAUGAUAUCGUCCACAACAGUAGCAACUAUUAUAUUCCAUCGUUAGAUGAUAUCUCUUCAAUAUCAACAUCAGCAUCUUCUCAUGGUACUACUUUUUUCAGCAACAACCAACUGAAUUCAAAUAGAUAUGGGACGCCAAGAUCGCUCUCAAAAUUGAGGUCAAUUGAAUCUGAGAUCGAUAAUUUGCCAUUAGUUUUCAAAACAAAUAUUUGGUCAAAUGAUUAUCUGGUUACCCACAACAAAACUGCUAAUAUGUUUGCUAAUUUUACAUUGGAAACUGGAAACGUUGCAUGUAGCUUAAAUACUGCAAAUUGUGAUAAAUCUCAGUUACAAUACAAUGAUGCUAGUUAUGCUGUCACCACGCCCCAAGUUUCUCCCAUCGGUAAUAACCCAAUUGCUGCUGCAGGCAAUAGUUCUUGCACUUUUGAAAGCACCACACCUGGUAUAAAUGCUAAUGCUGCUGUUUCAGGCUCUGCUUAUUCACCACCUCCCAGUUGUCUUACUUUUAGAACGUAUACUGGUGCUAUAUUCACAGUUCCAAAGACAUCUAAAUUCUUUGUAAUUAAAUCUUACAAUAUUCUUGAUGUCAAUGCUUCUUUUAUUCAUAACAUAUGGACAUCUACUGAAUUGGGAAACAGACGCUUGGACAAAGCAUAUACGGAGUUAUCGAAAACCAAUAACCCUGAUGUUGACGGUAAGAUCUUUUUGUUUUUCCUGGUCAAUUCCCUGGGUAAAUUCUGUGGAAUUGCUGAGAUGAAAAGUGCCAUUGAUUUCACCACGGCACUGAAUAUCUGGUGUGAACAGACCAGAUGGAAAGGUAUAUUCCCAGUCGAAUGGUUAUUGAUCAAAGAUGUUCCUAACAAAUUCUUCCAGCAUUUGAAAAUUCCAGCUAACGAUUAUAAGCCAGUAACAAAUUCUAGAGACACCCAAGAGAUUCCAUUUGACAUUGGUAUCAGCAUGCUUAAAAUUGUCAGUUCUUUUAAAUCCAAUGACUAA